UUAGCCGGUUAGCAGUGGCCUACGUUGGCUAACGUUAGCCACUUGUUCUAAAAUGCACUCAAACAGGAACCGACACCGGUUAGCAUUAGCAAAGCCACCGUGCCAAGCUAGCUUUCCUGAACUGGCUUUACUGAUUAAAGUGUGGUGUGAUUAAAGAGUGGUCAGACACAUGCAGUCAUUCUGUAGCUGAAGCUUGGUCCGUAAUAGUUGUUUAUUAUUUAAUUAUCAGGCUUUAUGACAGGCACUGAAUGUGCCAGAAAUGUAACGUUAGCCGCUAAGUAGCGGAUUAGCCUCAGUCACAUAAGUUGCGUUAAGAAGCCUUCCUCUUUAUUAGGAAGUGAUAAUGACAUAAUUCUAGCACUGUUGCGGUCCACGUACUGCUUAUUACAUGUCAGCGUUUGUCCCCGUGACACCAGAUGAACAACAACGGGAACAAAAGAGCUCCAACUACAGCCACUCAGAGACUUAAGCAGGAUUACCUCAGGAUAAAGAAAGACCCCGUGCCUUACAUUUGUGCAGAGCCCCUUCCCUCCAACAUCCUAGAAUGGCACUAUGUAGUCAGAGGUCCUGAGAAAACCCCGUAUGAAGGUGGAUAUUACCAUGGAAAACUUAUAUUUCCCAGAGAAUUCCCCUUUAAACCACCAAGUAUCUACAUGAUAACGCCAAACGGGAGAUUUAAGUGCAACACAAGGUUAUGUUUGUCCAUCACAGACUUCCACCCGGAUACGUGGAACCCAGCGUGGUCCGUCUCGACAAUCCUCACGGGUUUGCUCAGCUUCAUGGUGGAAAAAGGACCCACUCUUGGCAGCAUUGAGACCUCUGAUUACACAAAAAGACAACUAUCAGCCCAAAGCCUGGCUUUCAACCUCAAAGACAAAGUAUUCUGUGAGCUGUUUCCUGAUGUAGUUGACGAGAUGAAGCAGAAGCAGAAGGCCCAGGAGGAGCUUAACGCCCGUACACAGCCUCUCCCCUUACCUGAUGUGGUGCCUGAUGGAGACCCCCAGCAAGCCCACUAUGGCCUCCCAGCCCUCAACGGUGGUCCUGCCCCACUAGGGGGUGCCAACCCCGCCCCUGGCCAGCAGCAGGCCAAUCGUAACCAUGGACUACUAGGUGGGGCUCUAGCCAACCUCUUUGUGAUUGUAGGCUUUGCAGCGUUUGCCUACACAGUGAAGUACGUGCUGAGGAGCAUAGCGCAGGAGUGAGAGGAGCCGGUGUUUUAGGGCAGCGCUCCCCUCCCCCUGCAGGUGAGCCAACUAGUGGACUCGAUAUUCUACAAACACACUACGUGGGGUGGGGAGGGAUGUUCAUUCCCGAUCAAACCCCUCCACAACCACAACCUCCACCACCACCACUACUACCACUACCAACAUGGACUUUGGAAGAAAAAAAACUCAAAGCCCACCUAGCCAGGAAGGACUGAGGGGAGGAGGAGGAGGUGGGGGAUGGACGGGAGUGGCUGUAGAGCCGGGGCCGGGGAGACUGGAGGGGUUUAUUAAAACGGUUGUGACCUAC